AUGUCAUUAAGAAUUUUUUUCGUUCUUUUGUUAUGCAUUGUUAGUCCGUCGAUAUCUUCAGUAACAAUUCUUGCAAUCGGCAAAACCGGCCUUGGUAAAAGCUUUACCGCUACACUAUUUGGUUGCAAAGCGAAAGUUCGCGACACUGGAAAUUCAAAUUCAACAACAAAGAACGUAACGAUCCACAAAUGUGGAAAUUAUAAUUAUAUUGAUACACCUGGAUUCGACGACAGCGAUCGCGUAACGGACGAUUAUACAAUCAUCAAUAUAGUAUCCACAAUGCAAAAGAACAAAAUCACCGAUAUACAUACCUUGUUUUGGUUUGUGAAUGAAGAUACAUCGACUACUUCUCUUCAGAAUCAAGCCAAAUUUAUCGAUGGUCUUGGGAUGAGCAAUACAAAUAAUGUCUGGAAUAAUGUAAUAGUAGUUUACAAGGGGUUAAAUGUUCUAUUUAAAAAAAAUGCCAUUAUAGGUGCUAUCACGGAAAUUAAUAAUAACGCUGAUAUAACUAAAAUUCAUAUGAUGCCUGUGUAUUUAUACGAGGCAGUCAAUCCUGAGGAAAAAAGUGAAUAUGAAAACAUAAAAGGAAUCUACAAGAAGGAGGAGCUGCUGAAUGUUUAUGAGAACAUCAUAAAGGAGAAGAAACAUAAACACCAUCCAAUCCAAAUCGUCUUUAAUGAUGCAACGUGUAUCAAAUGCGGAAUAAAAACUGAUCUAAGGCUAAAAGAUAAAUACCCAUGCCAUACCAAAGUAAAACACAAACACGACGAAAAGAUAGAAACAAUUGAUAACUCAAGAUAUGAGCAUCCCGGUUAUCUCGAGACCGAAUAUGACUCCGGAUGGGAAGCAGCAGACGCAGUUAUUGGAGACAUCCCAUUCAUAAAUUUAAUUACUAAGUCCGGCAAGGAAGCCACCAAGAAAAAGAUAUUUUCCUGCUGUGGGAAGGAAAGAGGAUCAUCAG